AUGGUGAUCGGAGGCUACUACGCCUGCCACAUCAUCUACAUUGUCCUGGUGAUAGGUGGCUACUACGCCUUUCACGUCUACUGUAUGGGCUUCAGCUCUCCACCCUCUCUCCCUCCCUGUCCCUGUCCCUCUGUGUCCUCCUCUCGACUCACCGCAGGCCCGCACGAGCCAAGCAUUGCCGGGUGUGCAACCGAUGCAUCUCCAGAUGUGAUCACCACUGCGCAUGGGUG